AUUAAAUUAUGCCUAUGAGAAAUUUGUAAUGGGCUAUUUUCUGACUAUUGACCCACCCACGUAAAUUUAUCAGUCGCACUUCUUCACUCCAACACAAUCUCUGUCCCGUUGAUAGCGAUGAGAGGGAGUUAAUCUCUUCAGCAACAUUUUCCCAAUAUCCACUCGCGCCGAUUUUCGCCGACAAGUCUUUCCGUCCGCUCCUGUAUUUUUGGUCUAAUUAACUUUAAAUUCAGUAUUUUGAAACAUUUCUUGUCAGUCGAAAGUUUGCGGCUUUUCGUGAAAGACGACAUCUCAAGCAUCAAUCUUCGCACAGAUCAAGUGCUCAAUUAAUUAUUUUCCCAACAUUUCUUAAUUACAUAAAUUCUCUGUGAAAAUGGCGCCACGCAACAAGGAACAAGAAGCUGAAGUUCUCACUUGGAUUGGAGAAGUUCUUGGCGAGAAGAUAUCUGGAGACUAUGAGAAUGUCCUCCGCGAUGGAGUUGUCCUAUGCAAAUUGAUCAAUAAAAUUGUUCCUGGAGCCGUAAAGAAAAUCCAGGAGCGUGGAACCAAUUUCCAAUUGAUGGAAAAUAUCCAGAGAUUCCAGGCUGCCAUUAAGAAAUAUGGCGUACCUGAGGAAGAGAUCUUCCAAACGGCUGAUUUAUUCGAACGUCGAAAUAUUCCCCAAGUUACCCUAUGCCUCUACUCUCUAGGCCGAAUUACACAACUGCACCCUGAGUACAAUGGCCCAAGAUUAGGACCAAAGAUGGCAGAGAAGAAUGAACGUACCUUCACUGAGGAGCAACUUAGGGCUCACGAGGGCCAGCUGAACCUGCAGAUGGGCUACAACAAAGGUGCCUCUCAGUCUGGUCAUGGUGGUUUCGGCAAUACCCGCCAUAUGUAGAAAAAAUUACCCAAUAACGAUUGUAUCACAAAUGAUUUCUUGUCUUUCUCAUGCACAAUUUGUAAGUUUAUGAUCGGAAAAAAAUUGACCUAGGUAAUUGCGCUUUUCUAUUUUACACAAAAACCUAUUUCACAAACCAUUCAUGUUAUAAAUGAUGAUAAUUGAAUGCACAAUAAACUGCAUUUGAUGCUA